AUGGCCUCUCAGAGUGGUUUGUCUGAGAAAUAUAAUUAUAUUUCAAGUAAAGGAAUUCGAAAGAAAGUGAAAAACUCUGAGUCCAUAGCGUUAAAGAGAUAUAAGAUUGAUAACAAUGUCUUACUGGACCUUGAUAAGGUAUUAAAUGAUGUCUACUCCUCUAUUCGACCGGUUUCUGCUGACUACGAUACGAGGAAAGAUUUGGUGAAUAGCCUCAAUGCUAUGGCUAUAGAUAUUUAUGGAAAGGGUAAAGAUAGCAGCCCAGUCCUUGAGGCGUAUGGGUCUUUUGUGAUGGAUAUGUUUUCCCCGCAGAGUGAUUUAGAUUUAUCUAUUAACUUUUGUAAAGGAACAUCUGAGCGUCCUCGUGAUUCAAAGCUCCAAAUCCUUCGAAGAUUUGCAGAAAAGCUUUCCUCUCUGCAGGGACAAGGGUAUGUUAGGAAUGUUAAAUCUAUCUUCGGUGCUAGGGUGCCGAUUGUCAGAUUCUUUGAUCAAGGGACUGCUGUUGAAUGUGAUUUGUCAGUCGAAAACAAAGAUGGCAUUUUAAAUUCACAAAUCAUUCGCAUUAUAUCUAAAAUCGAUGACAGGUUUCAGAAACUUUGUAUGUUGGUUAAGCGUUGGGCCAAAGCACAUGAGGUCAAUAGUGCACUACACCAAACCCUGAAUUCUGUAUCUAUAACACUGCUAGUCGCUCAUCAUUUACAGACUCAAAAUCCUCCCAUUUUACCUCCAUUCUCUAUACUAUUUAAAGAUGGAAUUGAUCCUCCCAGUGUUGAGAAAAAGACGCAGAAUUUCUUGAACUGGGGAUGGCGUAACAAAGCAUCUCUGGGUAGACUGUUUACGAUGUUUUUUAUCAAGUUGCAAUCUGUCGAAUUCCUUUGGAAGCAAGGGCUAUGUGCCAGUGUGUUGAAUGGUCUUUGGAUAUCCAAAAAGUGGAAAAAAGCCAGCAUUGGGUCCAUUAGUAUCGAGGAUUUCACGGACGUGUCUCAGAAUGUUGCAAGGCGGGUUAAUGGCCAAGGAGCCAAAAAGAUUUACGGUUCUAUAAACAGAACCGUAGAAGUCCUAUUUGAAUUCCUUGAUGGCAAGAUUUCCGAAACACAUCUCAGACAUAGGUUGUUUGGCCAACAAGCUGUUGUGGAGCCUUCUCAUGUGCCGUCACUCAAUAUUUACCCACAACAACCUCAGAACAACGAUAGAAUUGGGUAUAUCGGUUUUCUUGAAGAACAUCGGAACAAAAGGGUGUGCUUGGAAAACGGCUACAGUGCUGUUGAAGGAAACGGUCAUGGGAGAGAGGACGAGAGGUACGAAAAUCCCGUAGGAAAACGAAAUAGGUAUGUUGGAAAUUGCAAUGGUUUUGAUGGAACCAGUCAUGGGAGAGAGGAGGAGAGGUACCAGAAUCCCAUAGGAAAACAGAACAAUGACAGAAUCGGGUAUAUCGGUCUUGGUGAAGAACAUCAAAACAAAAGGGUGUGCUUGGAAAAUGACUACAGAGCAGUUGAGGGAACCGGUCAUGGGAGAGAGGAGAGGUACGAAAAUCCUAUAGGAAAACGGAACGACAGAAUCGGGUAUAUUGGGUAUAUCGGUCUUGGUGAAGAACAUCAAAACAAAAUGGUGUGCUUGGAAAAUGACUACAGAGCUGUUGAAGGAACCAGUCAUGGGAGAGAGGAGGAGAGGUACGAGAAUCCCAUAGGAAAACGGAACAGGUAUGCUGGAAAUUGCAAUGUUUUUGAAGGAACCGGUCAUGGGAGAGAGGAGAGGUAUGAGAAUCUCGUAGGAAAACGAAACAGGUAUGCUGUAAUCUCCAAUGGUUUUGAAGAGCUUCAUGAAAUUCGUCGGUUUGGAAUCCAUAAUAAGCCCUUAGAUGAUCCUUAUAGACAAGUCCCACUGAAUGGUCAUCGUAGGCAUGAUGGUAGGUUUAUUGAUGAAGAACCAAUGCCCACGGGUCUGAGGCGAGACAGAAUUGAUCCGCCACUGCCACCUUAUGGUAGAGUUCCUUAUGAGAAUUUUAAGCCUCAACCAUAUUCUGGCAGACCGUUUUACUAG